CAGAGCUGCUGUAUAGUAGUACCAUGGGUGGCCAUGAUGAUGAUGAUGUAUCUUAUCAUGUAGCCAACAACCAACAUCAAGAUGAAGUGCUGAAAAACAAAUUGAAUGACAGCGGCCUUUGGAGUGACCAAGAAUCCACUGCCGGAAACAAUGCAAAAUGGGUCAAGGAGGGCAAAAACCAACUGAGGAAAGUAGCUGAGAAACAUCAGGACCAGGACCAGAAUGGGAACCAGGAGGAUUUCUCCCCUCAUAACACCACCGAGGAGGAGCAGCAGAGGAACAAGGAGCAGACCAAACCUCCCAAGACCGCCAAGACUCUGGGCCUGAAGGAAGAAGAGUCCAAGACCAUCCUCAAGGAGCCACUACUCAUCCACACUCUACUGUCUGCAGAGGAUAAAGAGGGUGAGGGCGAAGAAGAGGACAAAGAGAAGGAAGAUCCAUCUGAGGCAGAUGACGAGGCCUGCAGUCUUACAGAGGAAGAGAGGGAGUCCGAGCAGAGUAAUGCGGAGGCUGAAAGAGAGGGAGGUGGGGUGGCUAGAAAUCCCUGUCUGCUGUUCUCUAACGUGAAUGGAACACCAAGUGAUGAAGAAACCAACUGGCCAGCACUGUCUCAGGACAUCACUGUUGAAAGCCCUCCAACUGGAAACAAAGGUAAGGGUGGGUUUGUUGAAAUCAGUUGUGUGACUGUUUUGUUGGAACAAUAAUGAUUAUUGUCUAGUCUAACAUAACAAGUGCUUCUCAGGUUGCAAGCGACGUUAGCAUACUCCUUGUUUUAACCCUCCCCUUCUCUCCACACAGAGUCCUUCUGGGACUCGGAAGCCUUUGAGGCGGACACAGACCUGCCCUCUGGGUGGAUGCGGGUUCGAGACACCUCAGGCACCUACUACUGGCACAUCCCUACUGGCACUACUCAAUGGGAGCCCCCCUCCCCUCUGGACAAGGUGGGAGACUCCAUGAUGUCCUCCAGUAUGUCCCUGGAGACAACACCCUGUGAGGAAGAGCCAGAGGUGAGCUCUUACCCAUAGGCCUCAGGGAUGAUUUGUGAUGUACAGUGCAUUUGGAAAGUAUACAGACCCCUUGACUUUUUCCACGUUUUGUUACGUUACGGCCUUAUUCUAUAAUUGAUUAAAUUGUCCACCACCCCCCCCCUCAGUCUACACAUAAUACCCCAUAAUGCAAAUGUAUACAAAAUAAAUAAACUGAAAUAUCACAUUUACAUAAGUAUUCAGACCCUUCACUCAGUACUUUGUUGAAGCACCUUUGGCAGCGAUUACAUGAGUCUUCUUGAGUAUGACUCUCCAAGCUUUGCACACCUGUAUUUGGGGAGUUUCUCCCAUUCUUCAGAUCCUCUCAAGCUCUGUCAGGUUGGAUGGGGAGCGUCGCGCACAGCUAAUUUCAGAUCUCUCCAGAGAUGUUCGAUCGGGUUUAAGUCCGUGCUCCGUCUGGGCCACUCAAGGACGCCACUCCUGCGUUGUCUUGGCUGUGUGCUUAGGGUAGUUGUCCUGUUGGAAGGUGAACCUUCGCCCCAGUCUGAGGUCCUGAGCACUCUGGAGCAGGUUUUCAUCAAGGAUCUCUCUGUACUCUGCUCCGUUCACCUUUCCCUCGAUCCUGACUAGUCUCCCAGUCCCUGCCGCUGAAAAACAUCCCCACAGAAUGAUGCUGCCACCACCAUGCUUCACCGUAAGGAUGGUGCCAGGUUUCCUCCAGACGUGGCACUUGGCAUUCAGGCCAAAGAGUUCAAUCUUGGUUUCAUCAGACCAGAGAAUGUUGUUUGUCAUGGUCUGAGAGUCCUUUAGGUGCCUUUUGACAAACUCCAAGCGGGCUGUCAUGUGCCUUUUACUGAGGAGUAGCUUCCGUCUGGCCACUCUACCAUAAAGGCCUGAUUGGUGGAGUGCUGCAGAGAUGGUUGCCCUUUCUCCCAUCUCCACAGAGGAACUCUGGAGCUCUGUCAGGGUGACCAUCGGGUUCUUGGUCACCUCCCUGACCAAGGCCCUUCUCCCCCAAUUGCUCAGUUUGGCCGGGCGGCCAGCUCUAGGAAGAGUCUUGGUGGUUCCAAACUUCUUCCAUUUUCAGAAUGGCCACUGUGUUCUUCGGGACCUUCAAUGGUGCAGAAAUGUUUUGGUUACCUUCCCCAGAUCUGUGCCUUGACACAAUCCUGUCUCGGAGCUCUACGGACAAUUCCUUCAACCUCAUGGCUUGGUGUUUGCUCUGACAUGCACUGUCAACUGGGGGACCUUAUAUAGACAGGUGUGUGCCUUUCCAAAUGUCCAAUCAAUUGAAUUUACCACAGGUGGACUCCAAUCAAGUUGUAGAAACAUCUCAAGGAUGAUCAAUGGAAACAGGAUGCACCUGAGCUCAAUUUCAAGUCUCAUAGCAAAGGGUGUGAAUACUUAUGUAAAUAAGGUUUUUCUGUUUUCUAGGUUGUAUAUAUUUGCUACAUUUCUACAACCCUGUUUUCGCUUUGUCAUUAUGGGGUAUUGUGUGUAGAUUGAUGAUCAUAAAAAAAAAAUGUAAUCCAUUUUAGAAUAGGCUGUAACGUAACAAAAUGUGGAAAAAGUUAAGGGAACUGAAUACUUUCCGAAUGCACUGUAUAUGUUCUGUUCUGAGAAGAUUUAGAUCUACGCUCUCCCAAUUUUUAGAAUAUUUGGAGAAAAAAUGGCAUGUUUUUGUCUGACUCUCCUAGGAAACAUGGGGAAACCUCUCUAACCCAGAUGAAGGGACUAGUGAUGGAGAGCUGUGGAAGGUAAGAGUCAGCGUGAAUAUUAAUAAGUACUAAUGAGAAUCUGGACAUGGCCAAGCCCUCACAUUCAGGAUAUCCUUUACCAAAAGGGCAACACUGACACCACAGUAAAAAGAGAAUAUAAUUAUUUUAAUGAGUAUGGAAAAAGUGUUUUUGAACAUACCCUCACCACAUACUCUGUGUAUAAAUCAUUAUUAUGUGGAAAAUAGUUGACAUGGAAACAGAAGAAAAAGUAGAGCUACAUAUUUUUACUGUCUUGGCGUUACCUAAGGGACAGAAGCAGAGCACUACGCUUCAAUAGCCAAAAUAAUACCUUCUGCCAAUUACAGAGCACUUGACAUUUCACAGCUUCAACCCUCGAUAUUUCAGUUUUAGAAACAGUAGAGUUUAGAAGGCAGCACAUCUGGAUUUUGAUCAACUCAUUCUUUGUCGUCUUGGUGAUUGCAGGAGGGAGAGGUGGCAUCUGAUCAGAGCCUGAAGGAGUUUGAAGGGGCAACCCUGCGCUAUGCGUCCAUCAACCUGAAGUAAGUCAUUAUCACAUAACGUACUAUCUCAUUCUCAGCCAAAACAGUCUUUCUUAAACCCUCCCCUCUUUCUCUUUCUCAAAUUAUAACUGUCUUAUAGCUGUAUAAUAACUGUCUUAUAGCUGUUCCCAAUCUGAGGAAGAGGAGAAACUUGAUCCCCAUGGCACUGACCUGGAGGCUAAGGUACAUUCAAAUUCACUUACAUUUACUCUCACUAAAGCGCUGAGGCAGGAAGACUGUAGUCAUCUGUCUGUCCCUUCCCUGUCAACAUACAACUACUCAUUUACAUUUUAGUCAUUUAGCAGACACUUUUAUCCAGAGCGAUUUAGUUAGUGAGUGCAUACAUUUUUCAUACUGGCCCCCCGUGGGAAUCGAAACCCACAACACUGGCGUUGCAAACGCCAUGCUCUACCAACUGAGCUACACGGGGCUCUUCCCUUUCCUAAUUGAACUGUCGGUUUAUCUCUCUCCGGCCCAUCCUGUGUUCUCUUCGGCCUCUAUUUGCUAUGGCAGUAUUUUGCUGUGCGUUCUCUGGGCUGGGUGGACAUGUCUGAAGCGGACAUGGCAGCGGGGAAGAGCAGCGUGGCUGUCAACAACUGCAUCAGACAGCUGUCCUACCACAAACACAACCUCCAUGACACUGCUGGCAUCUGGGGAGAGGUGAGUCUGGGGACCAGGACUACAGGAAGGGACUGGGGUGGGCUCUUCCUGUCUGGGGGAAGAGGGAUAGGAUUCAUGUCUGGGUGAGACCCUCUGCCUUGCUUAGUCUUUUAUUUAGUAAUUAUAAUAAUUACUUCUCACAUUUACUGCUAUUCCCUGCAGCUGCUCUGUGUUGAAUAAUGUUGAACAUCGGAGUAAUUAUAAUCGUCCAUAUGGACCACUGCUUGGGAAUGUCUCUUAAUCUAAAACAGGAUCAAGUCUAACAGGUGUUUGCUAGAAUAUUAUCAGUUGUAGCACAGAUGGGCACAUUCAAAUGUAAUUUGGUUGAUCGCUAAGCCAUUCAAUUUCCUGUGCAUGGUGGUGCUUCAGGAGGAUAAUGAUAUGUUUGUGUUGUGUUACCAGGGUAAGGACAUGCUGAUGGUCCUGGAGAAUGACACUAUGAAUCUGAUCGACCCACUGGGACAGACUCUGCUGCACUCCCAGCCCAUCGCCAGCAUCCGCGUGUGGGGCGUGGGCCGAGACAAUGGCAGGUCAGUGUCCACUAGAACAACCAGACGCUGUUUGGCACCACAUCUAGAGGUUGGAAAGCACUGCUGUGGCAGUCAGAUUAAGUGGUGUAGCUACUUUUACAGGAAUAGAAAAUGCUGUUUAACUCUUUAGUAUUUGUACUAUUUUAUGUAGUGUUUAUUUAGUAAAUUGUCUAUCUAAUCUUAGCAGUCACCUAACUAUUACUUAAUCAUGACCAUCCAUACCUAAUUAAGAGAUAUUAGGCACUGGUAAUUUGUUCCAUUUUCUUAGUUGCACUAUGCAGAAAUCGCUCUGCCAUUUCCUGGUUGAUAAAAUUCUAAUAGUUUGCCUAAUUUCAGUUUGUGACAAAACAAGCAUGUAUAGUGUAGAGAAUCAUGUACCAUCUAAACCGCAGUGAAAUAACAUUUCCAUAACUACAAAUAUUGUAUUUUCAGCUUUUUGAAACUGGUGUGCAAAACCGGAAAACGAAGCAUAGAAAUAGCGUACAUAGAACAGAUCUGCCACUUCUUAGACUGGCUUUCAAUGAGAAUGACAUAUCUACAGUGAGGGGAAAAAAAGUAUUUCAUCCCCUGCUGAUUUUGUACGUUUGCCCACUGACAAAGAAAGGAUCAGUCUAUAAUUUUAGUGGUAGGUUUAUUUGAACAGUGAGAGACAGAAUAACAACAAAAAAAUCCAGAAAAACGCAUGUCAAAAAUGUAAUAAAUUGAUUUUCAUUUUAAUGAGGGAAAUAAGUAUUUGACCCCUCUGCAAAACAUGACUUAGUACUUGGUGGCAAAACCCUUGUUGGCAAUCACAGAGGUCAGACGUUUCUUGUAGUUGGCCACCAGGUUUGCACACAUCUCAGGAGGGAUUUUGUCCCACUCCUCUUUGCAGAUCUUCUCCAAGUCAUUAAGGUUUCGAGGCUGACGUUUUGCAACUCAAACCUUCAGCUCCCUCCACAGAUUUUCUAUGGGAUUAAGGUCUGGAGACUGGCUAGGCCACUCCAGGACCUUAAUGUGCUUCUUCUUGAGCCACUCCUUUGUUGCCUUGGCCGUGUGUUUUGGGUCAUUGUCAUGCUGGAAUACCUAUCCACGAGGGAAGGAGGUUCUCACCCAAGAUUUGAUGGUACAUGGCCCCGUCCAUUGUCCCUUUGAUGCAGUGAAGUUGUCCUGUCCCCUUAUCAGAAAAACACCCCCAAAGCAUAAUGUUUCCACCUCCAUGUUUGAUGGUGGGGAUGGUGUUCUUGGGGUCAUAGGCAGCAUUCCGCCUCCUCUAAACAUGGCGAGUUGAGUUGAUGCCAAAGAGCUCCAUUUUGGUCUCAUCUGACCACAACACUUUCACCCAGUUCUCCUCUGAAUCAUUCAGAUGUUCAUUGGCAAACUUCAGACAGGCAUGUAUAUGUGCUUUCUUGAGCAGGGGGAUCUUGCGGGUGCUGCAGGAUUUCAGUCCUUCACGGCAUAAUGUGUUACCAAUUGUUUUCUUGGUGACUAUGGUCCCAGCUGCCUUGAGAUCAUUGACAAGAUCCUCCCGUGUAGUUCUGGGCUGAUUCCUCACCGUUCUCAUGAUCAUUGCAACUCCACGAGGUGAGAUCUUGCAUGGAGCCCCAGGCCGAGGGAGAUUCACAGUUCUUUUGUGUUUCUUCCAUUUACGAAUAAUCGCACCAACUGUUGUCACCUUCUCACCAAGCUGCUUUGCAAUGGUCUUGUAGCCCAUUCCAGCCUUUUGUAGAUCUACAAUCUUGUCCCUGACAUCCUUGGAGAGCUCUUUGGUCUUGGCCAUGGUGGAGAGUUUGGAAUCUGAUUGAUUGAUUGCUUCUGUGGACAGGUGUCUUUUAUACAGGUAACAAGCUGAGAUUAGGAGCACUCCCUUUAAGAGUGUGCUCCUAAUCUCAGCUCGUUACCUGUAUAAAAGACACCUGGGAGCCAGAAAUCUUUCUGAUUGAGAGGGGGUCAAAUACUUAUUUCCCUCAUUAAAAUGCAAAUCAAUUUAUAACAUUUUUGACAUGUGUUUUUCUGGAUUUUGUUGUUGUUAUUCUGUCUCACUGUUCAAAUAAACCUACCAUCAAAAUUAUAGACUGAUCAUUUCUUUGUCAGUGGGCAAACGUACAAAAUCAGCAGGGGAUCAAAUACUUUUUUCCCUCACUCUAUAACUCAUUUCUAUGUGAAUUUGGUCGGGUCCCCCCAAAAAGUUACAUAUUGCUGCUAUAAGUGUUACUAAAACAUCUUAAUCUUCAUGCCUUGGGGUAGAGUUUCCCCAUCCUAGACCUCUGGAUGUGGUCUGUUUUCCUACUGAAUUUGCACAGAGCAGUUAUUUGCCCAUUUCUAAAGACUGUGUGAGUCAUUAAGGCUGUGUUUACACAGGCUGCCCAAUUCUGAUCUUUUUUCCACGAAUUGCUCUUUUGACCAAUCACAUGAGAUCAUUUUAGAGCUGAACUGAUUAGUCAAAAGACGGAUUUGUGGGGAAAAAAAGGUCAGAAUUGUUCUGUCUUUGUAAAUGCAGCCUAUGAUCGCCAACAUAGGCCUUACAUUCCUUACAAACCCACUUGGCAAUGACAUGCUCAAAUACAGAACUGCAACCCUGAGACACUACUGCCCUCUGGUGGGUUGUCAUGGUAUUUCAAUAACACAACUGUGGGUUGUCCAUGGUAUUGCAAUAGCAUUUCCUUUCAAGGCACUGACAUUCACUACAAAUCAGAUUUUCAUUUUCUACUAGUGUUUUUGUAAUAACUGUGAUUAACUGAUCAUUAUUUAUUUUCAUGCUGCCCUAUACAGGGAAAGGUAUUGUACAGAUAUGAUUAUUUGCAUUUCUUCAUCUUUAUACUUUCAUGUCCCAUGGUGUUUAUAGUUUAAUUGAUUGUAUUGUCAUAUCUAACAUGAUUGCAUGCAAUAUAUUUUUUUUUGUUGCCAUUUCUUCUUGUGGGUUGUUAUCAUUAAAGUUAGAGAAAUGCAUGGGUUCAUGUAACAGUAUGUAAAUGGUGUUACUUUUCUCUAUUUGUUACAACAGAGACUUUGCUUAUGUAGCGCGAGACAACCUGACCCAGGUCCUCAAGUGUCAUGUGUUCCGCUGUGACUCACCUGCCAAGAACAUCGCCACCAGUCUGCAUGAGAUGUGCUCCAGGGUGAGGCUCCCAUGUUUCCCAUGUAAUCCCAUGUUUCCCAUGAGAUGUGCUCUAGGGUGAGGCUCCCAUGUUUCCCAUGUAAUCCCAUGUUUCCCAUGAGAUGUGCUCCAGGGUGAGGCUCCCAUGUUUCCCAUGUAAUCCCAUGUUUCCCAUGAGAUGUGCUCUAGGGUGAGGCUCCCAUGUAAUCCCAUGUUUCCCAUGAGAUGUUCUCCAGGGUGAGGCUCCCAUGUUUCCCAUGUAAUCCCAUGUUUCCCAUGAGAUGUGCUCUAGGGUGAGGCUCCCAUGUUUCCCAUGUAAUCCCAUGUUUCCCAUGAGAUGUGCUCCAGGGUGAGGCUCCCAUGUUUCCUAUGGCACAUAUCUAAUGUACUAUUUCCUCUGGAAUGACUCAGUUCACGAUGACCUGAACAUAUCUUUCCCUCUCUCUCUACAUUCAGAUAAUGACAGAGAGGAAGCUAUCCAAGCCAUUUCUUAGCAGGUACAAUUAUGACCAGUGCAAACCCAUGGAGAUUCCUGCUCAAGGUAACCCCAGUGAUAGUUCUAGAGUUCAUUUGAUAACAAACGUUAGACACCAGACACUAACUCCAUACCCAUUUUCUUCCUCUGCAGAGUUUCCGGUUCCAAAAAAUGAAAAUUUCCAACAUUUUCUUGUGUAUUACCUUGGUAACGUACCUGUGGCCAAGCCUCUAGGUAAGGGACGCAUGGGUAAGGAAAUAUUUUAUUGACUUAGUAGUUAGGUAAAUACACUAUAUAUACACAAGUAUGUGGACACCUCUUCAAAUUAGUGGAUUUGGCUAUUUCAGCCACACUCGUUGCUGACAGGUGUAUAAAAUCGAGCACACAGCCAUGCAAUCCCCAUAGACAAACAUUGGCAGUAGAAUGGCCUUACUGAAGAGCUCAGUGACUUUCAACGUGGCACCGUCAUAGGAUGCUAGCUUUCCAACAAGUCACUUUGUCAAAUUUCUGCCCUUCUAGAGCUGCCCCGGUCAACUGUAAUUGCUGUGAAAAAGUCUAGGAGCUCAGCCGCGAAGUGGUAGGCCACACAAGCUCACAGAACGGGGCUGCCGAGUGCUGUAGCGCGUACAAGUCGUCUGUCCUCGGUUGCAACACUCACUACCGAGUUCCAAACUGCCUCUGGAAGCAACGUCAGCACAAGAACUGUUAGUUGGGAGCUUCAUGAAAUGGGUUUCCAUGGCCAAGUAGCCGCACACAAGCCUAAGAUCGCGAUGUCAAGUGUCGGCUGGAGUAGUAUAAAGUUUGUCGCCAUUGGACUCUGGAGCAGUGGAAACGCAUUCUCAGGAGUGAUGAAUCACACUUCAACAUCUGGCAGUCCGACGGACGAAUCUGGGUUUGGUGGAUCAAAUCAAAUUUGAUUUGUCACAUGCGCCGAAUACCGUGAAAUGCUUACUUACAAGCCCUUAACCAACAAUGCAGUUUAAGAAAUAGAGUUAAGAAAAUAUUUACCCCACCCAAAAAAGUUACACAAUAAAAUAACAAUACCGAGGCUAUAUACAGGGGGUACCGGUACCGAGUCAAUGUGCGUAGGUACAGUUUAGUUGAGGUAAUUUGUACAUGUAGGUAGGGGUAAAGUGACUAUGCAUAGAUAAUAAACAGUGAUUAGCAGCAGUGUAAAAACAAAGGGGGGGGGUCAAUGUAAAUAGUCCGCGUGGCCAGGAGAACGCUACCUGCCCGAAUGCAUAGUGCCAACUGUAAAGUUUGGUGGAGGAGGAAUAAUGGUCUAGGGCUGUUUUUAAUGGUUCGGGCUAGGCCCCUUAGUUCCAGUGAAGGGAAAUCUUAACGCUACAGCAUACAAUGACAUUCUAGACGAUUCUGUGCUUCAAACUUUGUGGCAACAGUUUGGGGAAGGCCCUUCCCUGUUUCAACAUGACAAUGCCCCAGUGCACAAAAAACAAGGUCCAUACAGAAAUGGUUUGUCGAGGUCGCAGUGGAAGAACUUGACUGGCCUGCACAGAGACCUGACAUCAACCCCAUCGAACACCUUUGGUAUGAAUUGGAACACUGACUGCGAGCCGGGCCUAAUCGCCCAACAUCAGUGCCCGACCUUACUAAUGCUCUUGUGGCUGAAUGGAAGCAUGUCCCCGCAGCAAUGUUCCAACAUCUAGUUGAAAGCCUUCCCAGAAGAGUGGAGGCUGUUAUAGCAGCAAAGGGGGGGACCAACUCCAUAUUAAUGCCCAUGAUUUUGGAAUGAGAUGUUCGACGAGCAGGUGUCCACAUACUUUUGGUCAUGUAGUGUUUAUUUAGCUGUGCAGUAAAACAUCUGGCUGUGCUUUGUGCGGGACUGUUUUGCGCUUCGCUGCGUACAUGGCUAGCUAGCUACUACCAUGCAGUUUACCUUGCCUUGUGGAUACUGUUAACAGUAUAACUGUCUCGUCUCCUAGGUGUGGACACAGUCAAUGAUGCUUUGGAGGCUGCAAUGAACAGCACAAGGAAGCAGGAUUGGACCCCCGUCUCUGUCAACGUGGCCCCUGCCACUCUCACCAUCCUCACCAGAGAGGUAGUUACUAACUAACCCAUCCACAACAUCAUCUCAGUUACACACAGACAGUUAGUAGAAGUCAUGUGAGUAUGGCUCUCUCUCCUGACUGUGCUGUGUGUCCCCCUGUCCUCCCCAGACUGAGGACGUGUUGUCAGAGUGCCGGGUGCGGUUCCUGUCCUUCAUGGGCGUGGGGAAGGAUGUCCACACCUUUGCCUUCAUCAUGGCCGAGGGCCCCGGGGACUUCAUCUGUCACAUGUUCUGGUGUGAGCCCAAUGCUGCCAGCCUGAGUGAGGCGGUGCAGGCCGCCUGCAUGGUGAGUCACCCGACUGGACAGUGGACUCCAUUAUUGAUUAAUCAGUGGUCUAGAGAGACGCGCUGGGGUUUUGAUAUGUUGUCUAUAAUAUAGAAAAUUUCAUUAAGGCCUGUUUAUUGUUUCCUUGAAUUGUAUUGAUGCAUUUUGGUAUCUGUACUGAUGUAGUCCUGCUGUAUGUCUGUGUCCUGUCCACAGCUGCGCUACCAGAAGUGUCUGGACGCGAGACCUCCCAGCCUGGGCUCCUGUCUGCCCACUCCCCCUGCUGACUCCGUGGCCCGCCGGGUCAGGAUGGGGGUCCAGAGUCUGCUGGGAAGCUUCAAGCAGUACAGGUCAGGAUCCCAGUCCCUCUGAGUAGAAGAGAGAAGAUCUACUCCUCACCAACACUAACCCAUACCAGCAGCUCCAGCUCACUCCUCCACUCUUCCCUCUUUCUCCCUUUCUUUCGGCCUUACACUCGUUUCUGGCCUUCCUUAGAGAUAGUCCACUUGUCCUGUCAUUAGUGCAUGGCAUUAUAUGUAACUGAGGAAAUGCUUA